AUGUCAGAAAGCACCUCGGUUGUCCCACACCUCAGUUCCUUAGAAUCCCCAGUUCAAUGGCCGAUGACGAAAAGUUCAUACGAUUUUGGAAAAUCAAUCGGUCAGGGUGCGACUUCAACUGUUUUUGAGGCUUCUUGUCCUGUUAAUGGGAGGAAAUGUGCAAUAAAAAUCAUCAACCUAGAAAAAUGUUCUACCUCCGCAUCAUUAGAGGAGAUAAACCGGGAAAUUAAGUCGAUGAAAAAUAUGAAGAACGAAAAUAUUGUGGCUUAUUACGCCUCGUUCGUUGAUCAGACUGAACUUUGCAUCGUAAUGGAUCUUUGUCAAAGAGGCUCGUUACUGGAUGUUAUCAAGUAUACCCAGAGCAAGCGAGAUAUCUCUUACGGAGUGUUCGAUGAGAACACGAUUGCUACAAUUCUGCGAGACGUUCUUCGGGGCUUGGCCUACAUCCACGAGAACGGGUUGGUGCAUCGGGAUCUGAAAUGUGGUAAUUUGCUGGUCAAAGACGACGGGGUGAUUCAGAUAGCCGACUUCGGUGUUGCCGGAUUUCUGGCCACUCAGCCGUUGACUGCCACAGACAGCGUGGACCUGAGACGCUUCACGUUUGUUGGUACUCCGUGCUGGAUGGCCCCGGAGGUGAUGCAGCAGGCACGGGGCUACAAUCAGAAGGCAGAUAUUUGGUCUCUCGGCAUUACUACCAUUGAGAUGGCCACAGGGCAAGCUCCCUAUGCAAAAUACGCACCAAUGAAGGUUCUCAUGCUAACGCUGCAGAACGACCCACCUGACAUCGACACCGUCGCCACGGUGAGCAAUCAGUACAUCAAUUACGGUCAAAAGUUUCGCAAAUUUACCCGCGCUUGUUUGAUGAAAGACCCGGGACAACGGUUGUCGGCACGCGAACUCCUGAGUCACACAUACAUUAAGGCAAAAGCAAAGGACCGAGAGCUGUUGUGUCGAGUUAUGCUUGGGGGUGAAAUACCCCCACCAAUCUCGCGAACCAACAAACACGCGGAUGAUCGGUCUGAGAAACGUGGUCCGAAGACGAACAGUACGGAAUGGAAUUUCGACACAAUCGUUCGUGCCUCACAAAGUGGUCCAGAUAGUGAGGAGGACAGCGAUGAACCUGAAUAUGGUACUGAACACGCUGGUGGACAUCGCUUUCACCACUUGGGUGCAGCGCAAGAUCCGAUGGUCGAUACUGUGAUAGCUGGUUCCCCGCCCGUCGGUGGCACUUUGGGUCAUGUGGGUGCGGCUAUGAUGCCACCAGCAGCAACUGGGUUGAUCGAUCCGAAUGUGUGCGGAACAUCCGUUGUUUCCGGCUAUGGAUCUUUGCCCCCCGCCCCUGCUUGUACCCCUGUGUCUCCGGACGGUAAUGUUAGUAGGAUGCCUGGCGAAUUUGCCGAGGCCAUGGCUUCAACAUACGGCACAGGAGCUUGUCAGUCAGCGGGUUCUGAAGAUGCCGGUGCCGGUCCUAGCUACCGCAUAACUCUUCGAAAACGCAACCCCAAACAAAACAAUGAACUUCAAGAUAUUAGUUUUAACUACGUUCCUGGCAAAGAUUCCGCAGACGUAUUGGCACGCGAACUAGUCGAAGCAGAUCUGCUUGAUGGUUGCGAUCUGUUACUCGCUGUAACACCCCUUCGGUACCCAGCUCUCAUGCCACCCAAAGGAAGCACGAGGGAUGGGAUACUGCCAGGUUACCUAAGCCUAGACAGUAGAAGUCAAUGUGGAGAGAUCGGGGUCGAACCGCAGACCUUCCGGUCAGUAACCAAUGAGCCGUCUCGCCCCGAUUACCUUGCGUCUCGAAAUCAAUCUUCGAGUCUCGACACCGUCUAUCUGGCUGCUUUCAAUGUUCGCACUCUGAAACAAGAAGCACAACAAGAUGCUCUCGCACUCACACUAGACCCACUUGACUUUGAUGUGUCCUGUGUCUCAGAAACAUGCAUUCAAAAUGCAAGCUACACCGCCCUCAUUAUUAUCCACUCGCUUUCAGCUUCGAACCUCAGGCUGCUGCGGCAGGUUAUGCAGGACGUAUGGCGCGAACGAAUAGCAACUCAGAGGCUGGCAUUUCCAGAUGUUGAGCGAGUUUACCACAAUUGUGUUCUGGAUUCCCCAACUGCCCCAUCUUCAGAUGUGAAUCCGUGCUUGAACGAGAUCGCAACUUUCUUGCACAGUGCUGUGAGUUCUGCCUGUGGCGCGGCAUUACUAGGCCGACUCAAGCACUGGAUAUCAGACCGGAAAGUGGCACAGCUCAAAUCUCUGAGAAAUAUCCCGACUGGUCCAGAACAUAAUUUGGCCUGA